UUAAACAAUAUACUGUUCACUCCAGGAAAUAAAGAUGCAUAUGAUAAUUCUACUUUUGAUGAUGUGGAUGGGAAGUGUAUAUGCCCAGCUUGCAUGUAAGAACAAGGAAUGCUCAUGGGUUAAUUCUAACCUCACAGAAAUCCCUACAAGCAUACCAAAGGAUAUUAUAAAACUCAACUUGGCUCAAAAUAAUAUCAGCUCAGAUAAAUUAACCGAAGAAGCUCUAAAACAAUACCCUAAUCUUACAGAACUGAAUCUUAGUAGCAAUAACAUUAAAACCCUCUCAAAUGCCAUUUUUUCUGGACUUACCAAACUUGAAGUUUUAGUCCUCAAAGAGAAUGGUAUUACAACUGUUGAAGUAUUGGUCUUUCAAGGACUAGAAUUCUUGAGGAUUUUGGAUCUCAGCUACAAUGAAAUUAUAGAGCUACCUACGAAUAUUCUGCAGCCAUUUAAGCAGCUGCAAGAAUUAAACCUUCAAAACAACAGUAUGACAAACCUGGAUAUUAAAGAUGCACUUACAGACUUGAAAACACCUCUAAAUAUAACACUGAGUGGAAACCAGUGGAAUUGUAGCUGCUCCCUUAUGCAUCUGUCAGAAUGCCUAAAUGACAGCACAGUAAUUCUAGAAAAUGAAGACAUCACCAUGUGUUCCACUCCAGAGAACAUGAAAAGUUACACAAUCAAAGCAAUCUUGACUUCGCCAGACAUACAAAAGUGCAAUGACAAUGGAAGCCCGAGCAGCACUACAGCAGCUACCUUUGAGAACCCUUCAACUGCUCCUAUGUUCACUGUGAGCAAUGGGACUUUCAGUAAAGUAAUCAAUGGAACGGCCGCCACAUCUACCAAAGGAAACAGCUGGAGAUUCCUUGUGGGAGUGGUGAUCGCUGGGAUUGUCACCCUAUUGCUGAUAACAGCUGCAGUCAAGUUCCCCAAAUGGUACGAAUUCUUGCUAAGUUACAAUCAUCAUCGCCUAAAGGAAGAAGAACCCUAUAUGUUUGAGGAAGAGUUCCACGUGGACUUCAGCAUGAGCACAAAUGAUAGAAUCCAAGAAGAGGAAGAAACUGUGGUGGUCUUCGAACAAACACACUCCUUUAUACCUGAAGAAGAUGGAUUUAUAGAGGACAAAUACAUUGAUGAAAAGGAUAUGAGAGAAGAGAGCUGAGCCAAAAUGAAAAACUUACACUACUGGGAUUUUGUACAUAUAUGACAAAUGCUUCCUUGUCAAGAAGUAUACAAAAAGAUCAGAUUUUCAUAUAUUGUGAUCUCACAGAUAAAUGU